AGUAUCGCCCCCUAUAAGAAGCGAGGACUGCCACACGAGAUUGUAUUAAUCUGAUACGUUUAAGUCUUUUUGGUUUCGUUUUACCAAAGCCACAGUUAACUCUGUUUUUAUUGUAAAAGUAUUUUAUUUGAAAGAAAAGACAUGGCAACAGAUUCAUGGGCCCAGGCUGUUGACGAACAAGAAGCCGCAGCGGAAUCGAUAAGCAACCUGCAAAUAAAUGAGAAGGAUGAUCAGCCGAAAGCAGAGGCAAAUGGCGCAAAGACGGAAGGAAAUGAAGAGAAGACUGAUGAUAAUGAUAAAGAGGACAAGGCAGCACAGUCACUGUUGAAUAAACUGAUACGCAGCAAUCUAGUGAAUACAACGAAUCAAGUGGAAGUCCUUCAGAGGGAUCCAAAUUCUCCACUCUACUCAGUCAAGUCAUUUGAAGAGCUUCGAUUGAAACCUCCGCUACUACAAGGAGUGUAUGCCAUGGGAUUCAACAGGCCCUCUAAAAUCCAGGAGACGGCCUUGCCCAUGAUGCUUGCAGAACCCCCACAGAAUCUCAUCGCCCAGUCUCAGUCAGGCACGGGUAAAACUGCUGCCUUUGUCCUGGCAAUGUUAAGUCACGUGGACCCUGACAAAAAAUGGCCUCAGUGUCUAUGUGUGUCCCCAACAUAUGAGCUGGCUCUACAGACAGGCAAGGUCAUCGAGCAGAUGGGGAAAUUUUACCCUGAAGUCCAACUAAUGUAUGCUAUCCGAGGAAACAAAUUGGAGCGGGGAACUAAGCUGAGAGAACAAAUUGUGAUUGGCACUCCUGGUACUGUUCUGGAUUGGUGUCAAAAGCUUAGGUUUAUUGACCCCAAGGAGAUCAAAGUGUUCGUCCUGGAUGAGGCUGACGUCAUGAUCGCCACGCAGGGCCAUCAAGACCAGAGCAUACGCAUCCAGAGGAUGCUUCCCAAAACUUGCCAGAUGCUCCUGUUCUCAGCUACAUUUGAGGACACAGUAUGGAACUUUGCCAAGAGGAUUGUUCCAGACCCUAACAUCAUUAAACUUAAGCGAGAGGAGGAGACUCUGGACACAAUUAAGCAGUACUAUGUCAUAUGUAACAGCAAGGAAGAGAAGUUCCAGGCUUUGUGCAACAUCUAUGGAGCCAUUACUAUCGCACAGGCCAUGAUCUUCUGCCAUACUAGGAAAACUGCUGGGUGGCUGGCAGGAGAGCUUUCAAAAGAGGGCCACCAGGUGGCACUACUGAGUGGAGAGAUGCAGGUGGAACAGCGGGCAGCAGUCAUUGAUCGUUUCCGUAAUGGCAAGGAAAAAGUCCUUGUUACCACUAACGUCUGUGCCAGAGGUAUUGAUGUGGAGCAGGUUUCUGUAGUUAUCAACUUUGAUCUGCCAGUAGACAAGGAUGGCAACCCUGACAACGAGACAUAUUUGCAUAGAAUCGGACGUACUGGACGAUUUGGAAAGAGGGGGUUGGCAAUCAACAUGGUGGACAGCAGGCUUAGUAUGAACAUCCUUAAUCGCAUCCAGGAGCAUUUCAAUAAGAAAAUUGAGAAGCUGGACACGGAUGAUUUGGAUGAAAUUGAGAAAAUCGCCAACUGAGUAGCUGUCUUUUGUCCUUUUUAAUGAAACCGUGCUCUGUGUAACAUUUUAAUUCAGAGGCUGAAACAGAGCUGUGCCAGAAAAGAUGUAUACAUCUAAAGCAGUUUGAUCUCAGAUGGUCUUUUUAUAGAUUUAGUUUAAAUACAUUUCACUCUUUGUACUUAAUACAUUUUGAAUGUGUAGUUUUAACAUCAUGUGUACGUGAAUGCUGCAAAGAUUUUCCAUAAUGCAAAUCUUACCAUAUUUUAAGCAUGUCACAUGAGGAAUAUGCCUUUUUUAAAUAUCAAGUUUCAACUGGCACCUUUUUAAAAUUGACCAGAGAAAGCGGUCUGAAUUCACACUGUGGACAAAAUUACAUAUUGACUGUUAUGUUGAUUUCCAUCAUGUGACUUUUAACCAAGAAUACCUUGAUAUUGAAGAGCGUCUUAUUUUAAUUACUGAUGGUAUAUUUAUGGAAUGUGAAAAUUAUCCUCCAAAGUGUGUUUGGUUCAUAGGAUACUCUUUACAUUAACCCGUAAAUCUGUAAGCAAAAAUUUAUAAUUUUGGUCGUCGUCUUUUUUUGUGUGUGAAAUAUGGGUGUAGUUACAUUUGCUAUGAAUUGGGAGUGCUGGCUGAUAUCUCAUAUUGAUGCUAAAGUCGCAAAUAUAGCUGUUAUUGGCUUUGGAUAUUCAUACAUGGUUGCCAAAAUCCUUAAUUGUAUAAAGUCAAGUAAAGCCAAAGAUUUGUGCCUCAAUUGGUUUUACCAGUACUAGAUUUGAUAUAAAAUAACACAAACCUGUGUAUGUGUGAAAAAACAAUGGUGUGCAUAUUUAAUAAGUACAAAGAGUGAAAUUGUUUCUAUAUAUAACAUGCAGUUUAAAGAUGGCAGAUAGGUAAAGGCAUUCAUUAUAAGAGUGCUCUGUAGGGCAAGCAUUAUUUGAAUUCCAGGAAUAGACUGUUUUGUAAUUACAUUUUCAGGUUCAAGUUCACAAAUGCAACUGAAUUUAACUGUGGAAGGCUGUGCAACAUUCUCAUUUGCUGCCACCUUAAAAAUGUAAAAGGCUUGUGAAUGCAUCUUACUGGAUUCUUCAGGGUAGUCAUAUCAUAUUGUUUUAUAUUGUGGGAACAUUCUAAUUUUAAUCAUUUGAAACUCAAUUGAUGCUGCACUCAGUUGCAUUUAUAUGCAUACACAUAUUUUAUUGUUACAGCCUGGAUCAUGUAUGUAACACGAAAUGGUGACCAAACCAAAAAUAGAUUAGUGGGAAAUAGGAAGUGCAUUACAUUAAUCUAGGGCAAUACAGUUUAGAAUGUAUGAAAUGAGGUAUAACUUUCAAGACAGGUGACAGAUUACUCAUGUCAGCGAGGUUGAGCGGUGGUGCGAUAAAGCUUGCUCUAGAUCAGUUGUGCCUCAAACAGUCGAUGAAUGGAGACGUUAAUAGGCAAGACACUAUCCUUGUUGCCUCCUGACAUGACAAAGGAAAGUAAAACAGGGAGGACUGUUACAUUAUGCAUUGUCGCAAUGGUUGAGAUCAAGUAUCAUCACAUCUUUGAAGGGAAUUUAUUAUUAUUUUGAAAAGAGAAUUACUGAUUUGACAAAAUAAAAUGAUUGAUGCCUCGUCCGUUUGUCGAUACUUGACCUAUUACCUGGUAAUGAACAGCUUUUUUUUUUCUAGAAUUUUAUUCAAAAUUAAAUGUGAAAUCUAUGAUUUAAAAAAGCACUUCUUAAUGUCUUAACACUUGAUCAAGUGUUGCUCAAUCAGCUAAUGGAAGAAGACUUGGGCUAUUAUCAAAUUUAAGCAUAUUAUUUUCUUUGGAUCUUUUUUUGUUAUAUAUAGAAUUUCAUUGAAACACUCAGUGCUUAAAGGGAUAGAUCACCCAAAAGUUAACAUUUCUUCUGUAGAAGACAAAUUCAGAUUUUAUAAGAAUAUCUCAGCUCUGUAUCUCCAUACAAUGCAAGUGAAUGGUGGCCUGAAGUUCCAAAAAGCAUAUAAAGGCAACUUUUACAACUCCAGUGGUUAAAUUCAUAUCUUCAGAUGCAAAAUGAUAGGUGUGUGUGGUAAAUUGAUUAAUAUUUAAAUCCUCAUUUACUAUAAAUUCUCCCUACCGAGUAGGUGGUAAUGCACAGAAUGUGAAUCACCAAAAACAAGAAAGUAAAAGAGGAGAUUAAAGUUGAAGGACUUAAAUAUGGCCACCAUUCACUUGCAUUGUAUGGACCUAUAGAGCUGUGAUAUUCUUCUAAAAUAUUUGUGUUCAGCAGAAUAAAGUAUGGCAUGAGGGUGAGUAAAUAAUUAGAUAAUAAUUAGAUAAAAUAUUUUUGGGUCAACUAUCCCUUUAAGGACAAUACUGUACAUCUAAGAGGUUUCUACUUCUAAACCACUAGUCAUGAGAUGUGUGUUUUGUAUUCACCUUAAUCAAUUCUGUAGCAAUUUUAAUUUAGCCUCAACCAUCUAAUUUUGUCAUUACAUAAUGUUUUAUUUAUUGUUUUUUGUUUUUUGUGUAUGAAGGUGCUCUUACAGUUGAAUAAAUUAAGAAAUUAAAGCUUAAAUCAUGAACAUAUUUUCCCUAUUUCACCUCAAUGGAAUGUACAAAAAGUAUGUAUCUCUUUCUAAUCGAUGUGUUAUGAAACACAGCCCUAAGUGUGUGUUUGGAGUGGGUCAGCGGCUGUCUGGAUGUAACAGGAUUUGGAAUGCUUGCAGUAAAUAUUGAUAUCACUUAUAUAAAACUGUUUGUUGCAUUUGUGGUUAAUGUCUGAAUGAUGUUGAGUGGUAGAAUAAAGUAUAUUU